AUGGUGCGGACGGCAUUCCUGAUCGGAAACAAAACAUACAGCAGACAUGGCAAGAAAAUCUCAUGGUGGGAAGAUAUUCCAGCAGCUUUUCGCGAUGUAGAUGCCGUAUAUGAAGUCUUGGAAGAGGGUGGAUUUGAGGUCGACGUGCCGUUGAAGGAUGCGACGGCUGCAGACUUGCGCGACCUGCCGAGGCGCACGGCAGAUAAACUCGGAAACACCCAUUCGUCCCUUGCUCUGUGGUUCUACAGUGGCCAUGGGGUCACGCAUGGUGGACGCUUGUAUUUGAUACCGUCCGACUUUAUGGCGGAUUGCUCGAUCAUGCAGGGCCUAAUGCCUUUCGCCUUCGUGUUGGUAUUCCUGCUGGGUUUGCUUCGCGGGCAGCUGGGCCUUAACUUUGAAGCCGUAGUUUUAGUUGUUUUGUGUUGCUUCGUGGGAUGGGUAGCUGUUGGACGGAGCAGCUGCAGAGCCUUUGUGCAAGGACUCGUAUGGCAUCCACUGGCCAAAGCUGUUUGCUUUGAAGAGCUUGAGGCCGAGCUUAUCAACGUGCAUUCGACACACCAUGCCUCCUGUGCGACUUUUGUGUUUGUACUGGACUGCUGUAGACUCUCAGCCUACGAGCACUUCACAUGGUGGCACCGCUUGCUGCUGUGGUGGAAAGGAGUGGGUGUCGGAAGCCCAACAUCUCUGUUCGUUCCAUCUUACAAGAGCACACGGCCAAAUUUCUUUCAAGUAUUUGCCUGCGAGUCUGGACGGGCUGCAUUUACAAGUUUGCUUCUGCAGCAUGGGUUCUUUGCUGAAGCUUUGGUGAAGACUCUGCGUGGUUGCAGAAGCAACAGGUGCACUUUAGACUACGUUUUUGAGGGCAUUUGCCGCCACAUGCAUGACGUUUAUGGUCGAGGCAAGCAAAGAGUCUGUAUCAACAGUACCGCAUAUGCAUCUUCGAAGUGCAUUUUGUUCCUGGAUCCAAGUAAGCCAACAUGCCAGUCAGCGCCAACACUCUUAACAAGCAUGGCAAAAUCCAGGCUUAUGCAGUGGAGCGCAAGUGAGUUGGAUAUCUUCAGGAAACAUCGAGCCAGUCAAAGUCUCCGUGGACGAAAGAGACUUGUUAAUCAUCCGUCUCUUUCGGAGGAUGCUCGAGCCAUCAUGAUUCUGCGAGAUGUUGCAAGUGAGAGGACAGGCAGCCGGCAUCGGUUCUAA